ACCCCUCAGAGACCAGCGGGACCUGAAGAGGUUCGGUUGCAGUUGACGCCCUCAGAAGCCGAAACAGGACACCCAGGACCCGGCACGGUGUUGGGCUUUCAAGGCCGGCUUAGGGUCCUCAGGAGCGGCCCGAGUGAGGUCCACUAUUCACCGCCGUAUUAGCUGCCACCUGAGUGACUUUGGUCGCCAGUGCCACGCUGUCUGCUGGACAUGUCUGCGCCCGUCCCACGUCUGUUGCCCGCCGCGUGUGAUGACGGGCAGCGAGGCCCACCCACACGCCCGCCCGUCCCACCAGCGACGUGCCGCGACCGGUCCGCCGGCCGGCCGGCUCGAUGGCCGGCUGACGUCAGCGGUCGGUGGGCGGGGUCGGCCGGCGGUGGCCGAGCCGCGCCGGCGCGCCGCUGCCAGUCCCCCGGCACCGGUGCACCAGACGGCCACACCAUGUCCGGCAGGAUGAGCUACAAGCGGACCACCAUGUCCACGUCGUCGGGCGGCUCGGCGGCCACGAGCCCGGUGCGCGCGCGCUCGCCGCACAGUCCGACGCGCACGUCGCGCCUCCAGGAGAAGGAGCAGCUGGCCGGGCUCAACGACCGGCUGGCCGCCUACAUCGAAAAGGUGCGCAACCUGGAGCUGGAGAACAGCCGCCUGACGCACCAGGUGCGCUCCUCGCAGGAGGUGGUCACCCGAGAAGUGUCCAACAUCAAGUCGCUGUACGAGAGUGAGCUGGCCGACGCGCGCCGUCUGCUCGACGAGACGGCCAAGGAGCGCGCCAAACUGCAGAUCGACCUGGGCAACCUGAAGACGGAGAGGGACGACCUGCAGUCCAGACUAAUCCGCCGUGAACGAGAGCUCGACAAUGCUGAAAAGAAGAUAUCCAUGCAGGACAUGCAGAUCAGGGAUCUGCAAGGGCGUCUCCACCAGGCUCUGCAGGACAAGAAGAAGGCUCAGGAAGAGCUCGAGGAAGUGCAACUGGAGAACAUGAAGCUGAAGAAGCAGCUGGACGAGGUGCGGAAGCAGCUGGAGUCGGAGGCGCUGGGCCGAGUCGACAUGGAGAACCGCUGCCAGAGCCUCAAGGAGGAGCUCGAAUUCAAGACCAACGUGUACGAGGGCCAGCUGACGGAGACACGCGCCAAGAAGACGGAGGAAAUCACCGAGCUGGACGGCCGGCUGCAGCAAGAGUACGAGGUCCGGCUGCGCGAGUCGCUGCAGGACCUGCGCGACCAGUACGAGGCGCAGAUGAAGGCCAACAGAGAGGAGAUCGAGGCCAUCUACAACCUCAAGAUGGACGAACUGCGCAACUCCCAGGCCCGCAACCAGCUCUCCACGGCCACCACGCUCAAGGAGUUGCGCGAGAUGCGCUCUCGCAUCGAGGGUCUCACCGGCAAGAUCAGCGAGCUGGAGGGCACCAACGCCACCCUUCUGAGCCGCAUCAGAGACCUCGAGAAACAGCUGGACGACGAGCGUUCGUCGAGCGCCGCGAUGCUCGCCGCCAAGAACGAGGAGCUGCGUCGUCUGGAGCAGAUGAUGCAGGAUCAGCUGCAGGAGUACCAGGACCUGAUGGACAUCAAGGUGGCGCUCGACAUCGAGAUCGCCGCCUACCGCAAGCUGCUCGAGUCGGAGGAGAGCCGGCUGAAGCUGUCGCCUGGUGGCGGACAUCUGGUCGAGGUGUCCGGAGGAAGCGGAGCGAGCAGGGCCACCGCGCGAGUCGGCGGCGGAGGCCAGGCGAAGAGGAAGCGAACUCUGAUCGAGUCGGAGGAGGCGUCCACGUCAGGAGUUGGUGUUACCUCCACCUGCCACGGAGACAUCCAGAUUAUUGACGAUUGCCCCGACGGAAAGUACGUCAAGCUGCACAACAAGUCCAACAAGGAGGUGUCCUUGGGCGGGAUGCAACUGGUGCGCAGGGCGGACGGGAACGAGACAGACUACAAGUUCCACCGGGCCAUCAAGCUCGGGCCCGGGGAGGACACCACCGUCUGGGCGUCGGAGGCGCACGGCGUCGACGACAACGCCGUCCACGACCCUCCGCACAGCCUCGUCAUGAAGGGACAGACCUGGUUCGUCGGCAACAAGAUGUCCACCACGCUCUACGACAUGGAGGGACAGGAGCUGGCGAAGCGCAUCUCCCACCGGGACAGCCGGUCGGCCAGCUACACCACCCGCCGGUCCACUCAACUGUCGCCCGGUCAGGUGGACGGCGGAGCUGACGACUCGCAGAGCAGCGACUGGAGCCUUUUGAACCUGUUCGGCAGCCGACGCUCCAUCCGCUAGCGUGCUCGCGCCCAUCGCACACACCACACACAUAGACUCGUGUCGGCCAGCGUCGGGCGGUCUGUCGGAGCCGCCGCCAGUCUUCGCAAGUGUUCACUCUCCAGGACGGGUCUAGACUGCACGCGUAGCGUUUCUACAGUGCCCAGUGCCGACUGGCACGCUCCCUCUAGAUGACAAGCCACUGGGGCCAAUCCUGCUGCCCGACUGUCCGGCCCCAGGGCACCGUUCGCUCCGUCCUGUUCGCGUCGCCGAGUCCGGGAGGGUAGGGUGUGCCGUCUCCGCGCCCGGCCCACGUCUCGCAGGACACUACGCCGUGAGUGCGCUCCUGUGUGAAUGUGCCCGCCGCUCGGGCCCCCACGCUUGCUGCAUCGUUCGCUGACGCGAAACAGGGUUAGACGUGUGAUCCACUCGCCAUGGGAGGAACGCUGAGAAUCAACAGCACCGUAAUGCAAGGGUGUCGCGGGUAGAGAGGGUAGUCUGGUGCCUCCGCUUUUAGUGCAGGGUGACAGCCCUCGCUCUGUGGUUCUUGUGGCUGCUUUAUUUUUGUAAACUAACAAUGAUUGUUUUGUCGUCAUAAUCACGUAAUACAUUAUAAACAUAAAAUG